CGCACUUCAUUUCGGGACUACGGCGGGAUUCUCAAAUUUGAGGACAGUUUUGAGUGAUUUCAUCAAGAAUGUGUAUGUAGUCCACAAUCAGAAUGAGUCAGUAUAUUCAGGUAACCGAGGAUGAAGGCGACGAUCCAAUGGAGGUUCCAAGCGAGGACGAUGGAACUCUUCUGCUGUCAACACUAGCUGCUCAGUUUCCAGGGGCUUGUGGAUUGAAAUAUAGAAAUCCAGAUUCUGGUGCUUUCAGAGGAAUUCGAUUGUCUGAUGGACGUCUUUAUCCACCUGAUGGCAAAUGGGGGAACAGAAUGUUCAUCGCAGUAUUCCCUAAAACUGGGAAUGAGUGCAAGCGUGUGCGUGAAGAGAAUCCUGUAAUUGACAACACUAUGGUGAGGAGGAAACACGAAAAAUCAAAAUGCAGCGACCUCAUAGUUCUUGGUCUUCCUUGGAAGAGUACAGAAGAAGACCUCCGAAAAUAUUUUUCAACUAUUGGUGACCUACUUAUGGUUCAGGUGAAAAAGGACACUAAAACUGGUCAGUCGAAAGGAUUUGGAUUUAUACGAUUUGCAGAUUACGAAUCACAGCAGAAAUGCAUGGCAACUCGACACUUGAUAGAGGGACGGUGGUGUGAUGUCAGGAUACCCAACUCAAAGGAAGGAGCACAAAAUGUAAUGAACAGAAAGGUUUUUGUUGGACGAUGCACUGAUGAUAUGACAGCUGAGGAUUUGCGCCAGUAUUUUGGAAAGUUUGGAGAAGUAGUUGAUGUAUUUAUCCCUAAACCAUUUCGAGCAUUUGCGUUUGUAACUUUUGCUGAUUCGGAUGUAUCGCAGGGCUUGUGUGGUGAGGAUCACAUUAUCAAAGGAGCCAGUGUGCACAUCAGCAGUGCUGCCCCAAAGAACUACGACCGACAGAAUGACAAAAAGGCAAUUACCCCAGGGCAUCCCGGGUAUGGACAAGGUUAUGCACAUCACAGCUCAUGGAGUCAAGGGGGACGAAGCAACACUCAGGCCAUGGCUAACCAGGGCACUGCCAUGGGGCAUGGGAAUAUGCCAAAUAACCUGAGUCUGGGUCCUAUUCAGAUCAGCCCUGCCAUGCUGGCAGCAGCCCAGGCUAUGUUGAGUGGUCAAGGGGGAUGGGGCCCCAUUGGUUUGGUCAGCCAGGGCAAUAAUACUGGCACUGGAAUUGGAACCGGUGUUGGAGUCAAUGUGGGUGGCGCCUCAACCCCAAAUGCCCAGCCUACAGUGGAAACCUCAAGCCAAGCUAGUGCUCAGAGCUUUGGAAGCAUCGGUAGCAACAGUCAGGCAACAGCAGUAGCAGCUCCAGUCCCCACAGCAAGUAAUAGUUUCCUGGGGUGGGGCAGCUCGCACUCCCAGGGCAGUGAACCAGGCAGCAGUCCAGGGGUGGGGGGAUGGGGUACGCCUCAGAGUGGUAAGACAGGGGGAACAUGGAACUAACUGACACUUCUGAGAAUAAAAUGAAAUGAAAUGCAUGUGGCAGAGGCAUCUGAAGUUAAUUGCAGUGAGCAAGUCUUGUUUGUGUGAAAGUCUAUACAAAAACUGUAUAUGUAUUGUAUUGUUGUGUAAAGGGUGUUGAUAUAAGCAAAUUAAGAUGUGAUUGUCUUUGUAUGAAGUGUUCUUAUUUAAACCACAAGGAUUACCAAAUAACCCAACUCCUCUUCAACUUUGAUUCUUCUUUUCAUUUUUAAUUGUCUUUUUCAGUAUUUUUUCAUAUUUUAAAAAAUGUUCUUUGAAGGAAAAAAUUACUCUAUUUUCAUAUAAUUUUCUUAUAUUGAUAUCGGAUAAAGACAUUGAUUUUUUUUUUUCUAAAAAUACUCACUCAAAGACAAAGAAUUGAUAGUUGGCACAUGCUUGCAGAUUGUAAUGCACAUGGAAGGAAUUUUUAUAAAUGUUAUUUCUUGAUAUUUCAGUUAUAUUGGAUUGCACACUCUAACGAAAGUGAUAUCUGUUAAUUCUUUGUUAAUGGGUUCUAUCACUGCAUGCUUUUAUUAACCAUACCUCCUUACAAAAGUUGUAUUGAUCAUUCUUCCUGUGUAUACUGCUGUUUCAGAAUAAAAAUCACCACUUGUUUGUUUUUACUUUUGUUAAAAUUUGUAAUCAAAUAUGUAUAAUAACAUGUAAAGGUUAUAUGUUAACAAAGAUUUAUUUCAUGCGUAAUUGAUUUUGUUUGAAGUACUUUUUGCUUAAAAAAUUAUUUUUGAUGUUCAUGAAAGGAUUUGGAAGAUCUUCAGUAAUUCUGUAUUUUCAUAUUGCAGAGUUAUCAACACUUGAGAGCAGGUGUUGAUCAGUGUGUCAUUAAUUCAUGAGAGUAAUGUCAUAAAAUAUUUGUGAGAUGUAGAAUUAUGGCAUAAAAAUAUCACUACCUGCUAAUAAGAGCAGAUAACACUGCAUUAUAAAAAAAACGGAAAGGUUUAUUAAGGAAAUUCUUAAAUAUCUAUUUAAUGAAAUUUUUGUCUGUCCAUUUGUAUAUCAAAUUCUUCAGGAAACAUUGGAUAUUUGAAUUUUUAAUGAUAUUUAUAAUUAAUGUAGUUGACUAAUUGAAAUUUCUAUAAGAAAUUUAAAUUUAAAAUGAAAAUAGUUGUGCUGGUAUGUUUCAAAUAUUUAUUGUAAAUUAGUACCGCUUUUUGAUCACGGGAAACAAUUUUUUAGUUCAUUAAAGUAUUCAGACAUGUUUUUUAGCAUUGGUUGAACAUAUAAUUUAGCUGGUAGUAAUCAUGACAGAAAAUCACUUUGAUUUGAGAAAUAUUUUACUAUGAAAUCAAGUUACAGUGUUUAAAAAUAAUGAAUGAUGGAAUCCGUGGAAACAGUUUAUAAUAUUGUUGAGUUUGAGAUUUGAAGUUUUCGUACAGCUGAAAUCUACAUAUGAACUGCCUAAAGUGCAGAAGAUUUCCUAACCUUUGGUGUUAUCUAUUGUUAUUGUGGUAUUGAAAUGAUAUGAAUAUAUAUAGUAUCAUGAUGUCAAUAAGGGUUGUUGAUUUAGAGUGAUGUGGUUCCCUGUUCUUGGCAUUCAAAUGAAAUAUUUACCUUACAUUUACUGAGGCUUACCACCACAUUAACAUUGUUGACUAGUGUAACCAGUUAAAUAUACUUCUGAUAAGAUGAGUAGUUAGUUUGCACUAAGUAGUGCUAUACAUCUUGUAAACUUGGUAAAACAUACUGGUAAUUUUUUUUCUAUUUUUUGUUUUUGGUUUUUUUUUUGGUUUUAAUCUUUGUAACACAUGCAGAAUUAUCAUCUGUUUAAAAAUUACAAUGGUGAACACUUGUUUGAAGAAUUCUUUGAUGAAUAAUGCUUUGUGAAAAAGAGUGGGCUUUUUUCAACACAUUGAUAGAAAAAAUGUGAUUACUUGUUCAGGAAUGGUUAAAAUAGCAGAUGGGACAUUCAGUUAUUUGUGUAAUCAGAAAAAUGUCUUGAUGAUGACAGACUCUGAAUUUUUUGAAGUAUGAUUCAGCAUACGAUACUUAUUUAUUUUUCUUGAUUCUGUUGAUUCUUGAUAAGUGAAUAUGGCCAUAUCACCUACAAUGACAGAAAAUGGGGACGAAAAUGAAAGGUCGAAGGGACAGAAAAUUGGCUUGUUGGUUUACAUCCUUGUGGAUGCCUUUGAAAGGGAAAUACAUGUAUUGUAAAAAUGUAGAUAGUUUAGAAGAAGAAUUCCCGUGUGGUACUGACUGAUUGUUUAUCAAGCCUGAAGAUCAAGAUGUGUUUGCUGGAAUAUGUUAAAUUAUUGAUAAGACAUUCAUUUAAAAUCUGACUGUUAAACUGCCAGUAUGAUGUCAUCAUGAAAUUCAUGUUUUAUAUAACUUGUUUAUUAGUGAGGUAAAAAAGAAUAUGGGAAUAUGGAAAAGUUUUGGUGUUUGAAUUUUAUAUGCAGUAUAAUGGUUCAAAAUGAAAAUCACUUUUUAUCAGUAUUUUCAAUUGUGGACAAUGAAUAAUUUUGAUAUGAUAGUUUGUGUCCGACUGGUCAUGAAGGAUGAAAAAAAUAUGCAUAUUAUUUUUUUAAUAUCAUUUUGGGACAAUAAGGUAAAAUUUUUAUUUUGAAGAUUUUUUUUUACUUAAGAGGGAGAAACUUGGUACCUAAAAUUUAAAUGAUAUGAUUUAUUAACAUAAAGUGAGAUAUCAAUAUUAAAUUUGAAGACCUAAUUUGAACUGAUAAGAUCAAUGCGUUUAAUUUAGUGCAAAUCAAAUGAAAUCAUCUUUUGCAUUUCAAUUUUUAAAAGUCUGAUUUUCAGAUUAAUUUAGGCAAAAAAAUAUUUUAUUUUGGAAAAAAAAUUUCAAUGAAUAACAUUUAGAAGUACAGUAUUAAUCUCAAAAGGGAAAAAAAUCCUUUAUGCAGCAACGCAUAGUCCCUCAAAUGGUUGCUGAUGAUGCUAACUGUGUGGCCUGGUUGUGGCUCAUUUGUAAUUGUAAGGUAAUGAUAUUGGUUCUGGUUUGUGUGUGACCUCAUUCAUUCGCAUACAUGUAAAUAUUUACACUCUAAUGGAACCAUUUCAUAUUCAGUCUUUUUCAACCAAGAAUCUUGUACUAAUGUUUCCAAUUGUCAACCAAUAUUUUGUCACCCAUUUAUCUGAAUGAAUGUUCGGAAAAUGUACCAGUUAGAGAAAAUUUAUCUAAAAAAAGUCCAUCUUAUUAACCUUUCAAUGUAUUCAAUUCGUAAAUUUUUUUAAUUGAUUUCAACUGAGAAUGAUGAAAAAAUACGUAACGAAGUGAAAAUUCAGACCUUAAUAUAAUUUGACAUUUGAUACCAAAUUGAUACAAGAGAGUUUCUAGUUGAGAAAGACUAAUUCACGACCUGCUUUUAUAUUAAGUGUGAAUUCGUGGUAGAUGUAGUUUGCAUAAAGGAUAUUUGAUUGUGUAUUGUGUAGGAAGGUGAAUUAGAGACUUCUGUCUCUGUACAUGUUACGUGAAUAUACUAAAAGAUGAGGUUAGUUGUGUCUGGAUUCUAUAUAUAGAAUUUGUAUAUAUGUAAGACCUAGCUAUAAUACUUAGGUGUGUAACUGUACCGUAUAACCAUCACUACAUAUAUACACGGCUAGAUGUGUGUUUGAUUUGUGCCCUGAUGGAGAAUGUGUGUAUGUGUUAAAUCAAAUUCUGUAUAACUGGUUAUUUUUGAAAGUAGGUGUAUAAUUGGUAAAUAUUAUGAAAAAAUAUUUCGUUAAUUUUAAAAGACAGGGAUGUAUUGAUAGUAAUUUGGCAAAACAAAUGAUUGAAGAUGGCAUAACAUUUGAAAUAAGAAAAUAACCAGUUAUAAGGUUUGUAUAUAUAUAUAUAUAUCUAUAUUUUAUAAACGUUGACUUAAUCUUUUCUGUUUUAUUUUACCAGUCAAGGCAAGAUGUUAUGAUUUGAGUAGAAACACAAGACAAACUUGGUAACACCUUCUGUAGGAGUGUCUAUCAGCCAGUAUUUGGUAGCAUGAAGUAAACACUUAAAGCAGUGAUAGUGAGUAAAUUUUGACUUAACAAAACAGGUAGAAAAAUUACAAAAUUGGUAAUUAUUGUGAAUUUGACUUCUGGAAUUAUUGAAUUUCCCAGACGUUGUCAGAUUAAUCGGAAAUAAACUUCAUGCUACUAGUUUGUUAAAAUGUAAUUGUUUUGGCUAUUCUAAAAUCCUGUGCUUCUGAGAUGAAUCUAUAACUUCUUUUUUCUUCUUCUUUUGUUUUUUGGAGACCUCACAAGCACAGAAGAAAUAAUCCCAUCAAUUAAUAACUGAAUGCACAAAGCAACAUUUUUAUAAAAUUACAUAAUCAUAACUUUUUAAAGGAUAUUUUAAUUUUAGCUUUUUCUCUCUUUGAUUUUAUCUUCUCCCAAAUUACAGCAUUACUACCAAAAGCAAUGCUGUGAAGGUUUUAAUAGACUUGUUUUAUAUUGAAGAAUUUCACACUGUUUUAGAAGAUACUAGUUUGUUUGUAAGUGCACGAUUGGUAUAAAUGAUACUUUAAUGUCAUUCAAUAAGAUCUACUUUUUAUACAAAUGUUAUAAGUCAGUGUAGUUUGAGAGGUUUGUGUCUGGCUUCUGGAGUCUAUCCGUCUUAUUUCCUAAAUAUUUAUUUAAAUGACUUGGUUCUUUAAUUCUAGAAUGGAAAACGUGUACCUUGCUCUGUUUUGACCACUUACCUAAGAGCAACAGGUAACAACAAGUUUGUUAAAUUCUCUUUCCAUAAUGAUAAGUUAUAAAAAAAACCCUAUGAAAUGGGAUAUUUUUACUUUGUGAAGGAGGUCAGAAUUGAUUAAUGUAAAUGUAAGGUAAAACCAAAAGAAUAUACAAAUGGCAUUUUUUCUGAAUUUCUUUUAGAGACUUCUUUCAAUUAACAUAUUUUAAACAUAGAAUAAUAGAUAAUGGUAUGUUUGAUAAAUAUUAUCUGUCAUUUUUUUUGAAACUUUGAUUAAAUUGGUUUAGGAUAUUUUGCCCAAUGAAGACCAGUUAAAAUUUUACCUUUGAAUUUAAUGCCAGCAAAGAACAAGAAGUGGUUUUACCAACAGCAGAGAGUAGAUCUAUGAUAUCUGUUAAUGGAAAAAGGGUUUACAAAUUUGAUAUCUAUCAUCAUAGCAAAAUGCUGACUGAUUUUAUCUCAGUGUCAAAGAAAAGUUUACUUUUUUUUCCCAAAUACAUCCAUCAAAUAAAAACUUAAUGAAAAAGUGUGAUAACUUGUUCGACAGAAAUUUUGAAAAUCUUUGCAAUUUGGAAAUAUUCCCCAUAAGUGAACAUAAAAAAGUAUUCUUUGACACAGUUAUAAAUCAUUAAGAUUUAUUUAGGUUAGUAUUGAAGCUGACAAGCACUUAGUUAUGCCUUCAUAGUCAUUUCCUUAGGUUCUGAUUAAGUGGCGUUUGGACUUAGAAUAGGACCUACUUAGUGCUCCUUCAACAAAUAGUAUGUUUUUUUUUAUUUCUUAUAGUUUAUUGUAAGCUUUCUUGUAGAAUAUGACGAAAAUGUCUCUAUAUUAAAUAAAGGUUAAAAGUUUGUAAAAUUUCUGCAAUGCUCAUUUAGAUAAAAACUAUAUUUAUUUAUUUCUUAGAAGUUUAGAUUGUCACUUUUAACCAGUGUUGUAACACUGAUAGAUACUUUGCAAAUAGUUUUAAUGAGACUAACAAUAAAUGUUGGAGUUUUAACUUGUAGUCAGCAAACUGAAUUGUAAAUAGAAAUCUGUACCUGGCUGUUGAUAUGAAAUACUUGGUGAAUUGUUUUAUUUACAUCUUUAUAAUUUCAUGGAAGUAUGAUUUUGGUUAAAAUUUAACAGAGUUUUAGAUUCCAGAUCAAUUUUAACACAUUUAAACAAAUCGAUUAUUUAUUUUGUAAUCCUAGGAAAUUGAUGGAAGACGUAGCUAAUUUAUUUACCAAAGUAUGCAUGUGGAAUGAAUUUUAUGAUGCAUAAAAGUUUUCAUCUAUUAUACCAAGCUUCAGAAUUGACAAAUAAAAUUAGAUAAAAAGUUUG